AUUCUUUCUAUCCAGUAGUGCACGAUCAACGAUACAAAGCAGAUAUCAUUAUAGCCACGUCGAGCGAAGAUUAUAAUUAUAAGAGGACAAUGGAGAUUACUGAAGAAGAAAGUUGUUCAUCGUAUCCACCUUGUGUUCCUACCAAUAAAACAUCAAGGUCUGAUGAAUGGAUAUGGCAUUACUUUACAAUAUAUAACGGUGAAUUUAUCAAAUGCGAUAUUUGUUUUGAUGUAUUCAACCCCGAUAUAAAACACAGUUUAAAGAUACAUAUGAGAUCACAACAUUUAGCAAUUUAUAAUAACUCAGAAACAAAAUGGACACAUUCUAAAAUAGAUCACAAAUAUAAAUGUAAUUAUUGUGAUAAUACUUAUGAACCAAUAUAUAGAACUGAUUAUUUGAUAAACCACAUAAUAAAUAGUCAUAAACUUAAUAAAGAAAUAGCAAAUAAACUCCAAACCUGGGUGAUUGAUCAAUUCAUUAUUCCGAAAUGCGAAAUUUGCAAACAAUUUAGUAAAUACCAUGCCUUUAUAUUUAUGAUACAUUUAAAGGAAGUUCAUGAUGUCAUUGUACCUCAAGAAUUCAUACCACAGAGAUUAUCAAUUAGAUUAAAAAAUCUUUUUGAUCCUUGUAAAAAUGUUGAAAACAUUCCAACAUCAACCAGCAAUAAUCAUCAGCAGCCAUCUAUAAUUAGAACUUACUUUAAGGAUUAUGAUCCGACUUUUCAUUCUUCCGAUACAUUUGACAAUGAAACAUCAAGGUCUCGUGACUCGUGGUCAUGGCAUUACUUUACAACAUAUAACGGCGAAUUUAUCAAAUGCGAUAUUUGUUUUGAUGUAUUCAACCACGAUAUAACACAGGGUUUAAAGAUACAUAUGAGAUCACAACAUUCUGCAAUUUAUAAUAACUCAGAAACAAAAUGGACACAUUCUAAAAUAGAUCACAAAUUUAAAUGUAAUUAUUGUGAUAAUACAUAUGAACCAGCAUAUAGAACUGAUAAUAUGAUAAAACACAUAAAAAAUAGUCAUAAACUUAAUAAAGAAAUAGCAAAUAAACUCCAAACCUGGGUGAUUGAUCAAUUCAUUAUUCCGAAAUGCGAAAUUUGCAAACAAUUUAAUAAAUACCAUGCCUUUAUAUUUAUGAUACAUUUAAAGGAAGUUCAUGAUGUCAUUGUACCUCAAGAAUUCAUACCACAGAGAUUAUCAAUUAGAUUAAAAAAUCUUUUUGAUCCUUGUAAAAAUGUUGAAAACAUUCCAACAUCAACCAGCAAUAAUCAUCAGCAGCCAUCUAUAAUUAGAACUUACUUUAAGGAUUAUGAUCCGACUUUUCAUUCUUCCGAUACAUUCGAAACAUCAAGGUCUGAUGAAUGGAUAUGGCAUUACUUUACAAUAUAUAACGGUGAAUUUAUCAAAUGCGAUAUUUGUUUUAAUGUAUUCAACCCCGAUAUAAAACGCAGUUUAAAGAUACAUAUGAAAUCAAAACAUUUAGCAAUUUAUAAUAACUCAGAAACAAAAUGGACACAUUCUGAAAUAGAUCACAAAUAUAAAUGUAAUUAUUGUGAUAAUACUUAUGAACCAAUAUAUAGAACUGAUAGAAUGAUAAACCACAUAAUAAAUAGUCAUAAACUUAAUAAAGAAAUAGCAAAUAAACUCCAAACCUGGGUGAUUGAUCAAUUCAUUAUUCCGAAAUGCGAAAUUUGCAAACAAUUUAGUAAAUACCAUGCCUUUAUAUUUAUGAUACAUUUAAAGGAAGUUCAUGAUGUCAUUGUACCUCAAGAAUUCAUACCACAGAGAUUAUCAAUUAAAUUAAAAAAUCUUUUUGAUCCUUGUAAAAAUGUUGAAAACAUUCCAACAUCAACCAGCAAUAAUCAUCAGCAGCCAUUUAUAAUUAGAACUUACUUUAAGGAUUAUGAUCCGACUUUUCAUUCUUCCGAUACAUUUGAAACAUCAAGGUCUCGUGACUCGUGGUCAUGGCAUUACUUUACAAUAUAUAACGGCGAAUUUAUCAAAUGCGCUAUUUGUUUUGAUGUAUUCAACCACGAUAUAACACAGGGUUUAAAGAUACAUAUGAGAUCACAACAUUCUGCAAUUUAUAAUAACUCAGAAACAAAAUGGACACAUUCUAAAAUAGAUCACAAAUUAAAAUGUAAUUAUUGUGAUAAUACUUAUGAACCAGCAUAUAGAACUGAUAAUAUGAUAAAACACAUAAAAAAUAAUCAUAAACUUAAUAAAGAAAUAGCAAAUAAACUCCAAACCUGGGUGAUUGAUCAAUUCAUUAUUCCGAAAUGCGAAAUUUGCAAACAAUUUAGUAAAUACCAUGCCUUUAUAUUUAUGAUACAUUUAAAGGAAGUUCAUGAUGUCAUUGUACCUCAAGAAUUCAUACCACAGAGAUUAUCAUUUAGAUUAAAAAAUCUUUUUGAUCCUUGUAAAAAUGUUGAAAACAUUCCAACAUCAACCAGCAAUAAUCAUCAGCAGCCAUCUAUACUUAGAACUUACUUUAAGGAUUAUGAUCCGACUUUUCAUUCUUCCGAUACAUUUGAAACAUCAAGGUCUGAUGAAUGGAUAUGGCAUUACUUUACAAUAUAUAACGGUGAAUUUAUCAAAUGCGAUAUUUGUUUUGAUGUAUUCAACCCCGAUAUAAAACACAGUUUAAAGAUACAUAUGAGAUCACAACAUUUAGCAAUUUAUAAUAACUCAGAAACAAAAUGGACACAUUCUAAAAUAGAUCACAAAUAUAAAUGUAAUUAUUGUGAUAAUACUUAUGAACCAAUAUAUAGAACUGAUUAUUUGAUAAACCACAUAAUAAAUAGUCAUAAACUUAAUAAAGAAAUAGCAAAUAAACUCCAAACCUGGGUGAUUGAUCAAUUCAUUAUUCCGAAAUGCGAAAUUUGCAAACAAUUUAGUAAAUACCAUGCCUUUAUAUUUAUGAUACAUUUAAAGGAAGUUCAUGAUGUCAUUGUACCUCAAGAAUUCAUACCACAGAGAUUAUCAAUUAGAUUAAAAAAUCUUUUUGAUCCUUGUAAAAAUGUUGAAAACAUUCCAACAUCAACCAGCAAUAAUCAUCAGCAGCCAUCUAUAAUUAGAACUUACUUUAAGGAUUAUGAUCCGACUUUUCAUUCUUCCGAUACAUUUGAAUUAUCACAUACUUCAAGCAAUCUUUUAAGUUCUGGUAACGAUACUGCAACAUCAAGCAGUUUUUAUCAGUCAAUUGUCAGUACUGACCUUACUGAUUUUGAGGAAUGUGUCGAUAUGUGUGAUACAGAAGUGGAAAGUUUUUGGAGUGUGAUAAAGAAGAAAGUUAUUCAAUUAUCCCGGUCGUAACUCUAUUAUCAAAUACUUCAAGCAAUCUUUUAAGUUCUGGUAACGAUACUGCAACAUCAAGCAGUUUUUAUCAGUCAAUUGUCAGUACUGACCUUACUGAUUUUGAGGAAUGUGUCGAUAUGUGUGAUACAGAAGUGGAAAAGUUUUUGGAGUGUGAUAAAGAAGAAAGU